AUGGCCCACGUCAGCUCCUUCGCACACCGCCGUGAACUGCGCCGGGCCAAGAGGAUCGUAGUCAAGCUCGGCAGCGCGGUGGUCACCCGUGGCGAUGAAUGUGGCCUGGCUCUGGGGAGGCUGGCCUCCAUCGUGGAGCAGGUGGCCAUGCUGCAGAACCAAGGCAGGGAGAUGAUGAUUGUCACCAGUGGAGCCGUGGCAUUUGGCAAGCAAAGAUUAAGACACGAGAUCCUUCUGUCCCAGAGUGUCCGACAGGCGCUUCACUCAGGACACAACCAGCUCAAAGACAUGUCUCUGCCAGUGCUGGAGGCCCGGGCUUGUGCUGCGGCGGGACAGAGUGGCCUGAUGGCGCUUUAUGAGGCCAUGUUCACCCAAUACACCACUUGCACUGCACAGGUCCUUGUGACUAAUCUGGAUUUCCACGAUGACCAAAAGAGGCGGAAUCUGAACAGCACGCUUCAGGAGCUGCUGCGGAUGAACAUCGUUCCCAUCAUCAACACCAAUGACGCCGUGGUGCCCCCGCCGGAGCCCAACAGCGACCUGCAGGGGGUGAUCAGCAUUAAGGACAACGACAGCCUGGCGGCGCGGCUAGCUGUGGAGAUGAAGGCCGACCUCCUCAUCGCGCUGUCCGACGUGGAAGGAUUGUACAACAGCCCCCCUGGAACAGAUGACGCCAAGCUCAUCGACAUCUUCUACCCUGGAGACCAGGAGUCCAUCAUCUAUGGCACAAAGUCCAGAGUUGGAAUUGGAGGCAUGGAGGCCAAGGUCAAGGCGGCCCUGUGGGCCCUGCAGGGGGGCACCUCAGUGGUCAUCGCGAAUGGCACUCACCCCAAAGUAACAGGUCACGUCAUCACCGACAUUGUGGAGGGCAAGAAAGUGGGAACUUUUUUCUCUGAGAUCCAACCUGCUGGCCCAACCGUCGAGCAUCAGACUGAGGUGGCACGUACCUCUGGAAGAACCUUGGCAUCUCUGCAACCACAUCAGAGGAGUGAGAUCAUCUGCCGUCUUGCAGAGCUGUUGAUCGAAAAAAGUGAAGAGAUUCUGACUGCCAACAAGAUGGACAUGGACCUGGCUGUAAAUGCAGGCCAUUCCCCACCCGCCAUGCUGAAGCGCCUGAGUUUGUCACCAGCCAAACUCACCGACUUGGCCGUGGGUCUGCGGCAGAUUGCUGUGGCGGCCCGGGACAGCGUGGGCCGCGUGCUGCGCAGGACCCGGGUGGCUCACAACCUGAAGCUGGAGCAGGUGACCGUGCCCAUUGGAGUUCUUCUGGUCAUCUUCGAGGCCCGACCCGACUGCCUGCCGCAGGUGUCAGCAUUGGCCGUAGCCAGUGGUAACGCCCUCCUGCUGAAGGGAGGCAAGGAGGCCGCCAACACCAACCAGAUCCUCCACCAGCUCACCCAGCAAGCCCUUUCCAUGCACGGAGUCGGAGAGGCCGUGCAGCUGGUGAGCACUCGUGAGGAUGUGGAGGAUCUAUGCCGACUGGACAAGAUGAUCGACUUGAUUGUCCCUCGAGGAUCCUCCCAGUUGGUCAGGAGCAUCCAGCGGGCUGCGAAGGGCAUUCCGGUGUUGGGCCACAGCGAGGGGAUCUGCCACGUCUACGUUGACGGGGAAGCCAGUGUGGAAAAAGUCAUCAGAAUCGUCCGAGACUCCAAGUGCGACUACCCGGCUGCAUGCAACGCCAUGGAGAGCCUGCUGAUCCACAGGGACAUCCUCAGGACGCCGCUGUUUGACCAGAUCGUUGACAUGUUGCGCACCGAACGGGUGAAGAUUCACGCGGGCCCUCGGUUGGCCUCCUACCUGACGUUCAGCCCGUCGGAGGCAAAGUCCCUGCGGACCGAGUACGGCGAUCUGGAGUGCUGCAUUGAGGUGGUGGACAGCAUGCCGGAGGCUGUGGACCACAUUCACAAGUACGGCAGCUCCCACACGGACGUCAUCAUCACAGAAAACGAGGACACAGCGGAGCAGUUCCUGCAGCUGCUGGACAGCGCCUGUGUUUUCUGGAACGCUAGCUCGCGCUUUGCCGAUGGCUACCGCUUUGGACUUGGAGCGGAGGUAGGCGUCAGCACCGCGCGUAUCCACGCCCGGGGACCCGUGGGGCUGGAGGGGCUGCUCACCACCAAGUGGCUCCUGAGGGGGGACGGGCACACGGCGGCCGACUUCUCCGAGCAGGGCUCCAUGGAGUACCUCCACGAAAAGCUGCCUGUGGCGCGACCUCCUGCCGGGCAGAGGGAGAGCAACUAG